GUGGAGACUCAAGAUUACCGUGCAGAAGGAGGCAAUGAACACGCUGGGAGAGAUGGAGCAAAAGAGAUGAAAAAUCAUCACUAAGCCUUAAGAACUUCCUGCGCCUUACUGAUCCCUCGCAGCUCAGAACUAGGACUCCAAAGAAAAAGAUUCUAGGAGAACACUUAAAGAAGUCGAUCCUUAUCCUGAAGGCUGCAGAUGGAGAGCAGAUAUGAGGAGCGACGUUCAAGGGAAACUUACGGGUCCUGGAAAGGCUGCCAGGUGGGACGGGGUAGCGACCCCAAGCCAAGAUGCCCGAACCAGCUCGCCCGACGGUAUUUAUGCUGGAGACGACAGACAGCGACCCGGAGGGGAGGGCCGACACCGGUGCCCGACCAGAAGAGAAGGGCGGAAAGAAUGAGCUACCGCCUAUGGAGUCUGCCUUCCAGAAGGAGAACAGCGAUUUUCCCCCUCAAAUCAGGGUCAAUCUGAAUUACCGCAAGGCAUCCGGCUCCAGCAGCCAGCCGGACCCAGACCGCUUCGACAGAGAUCGGCUCUUUGGAGCUGUUGCCAGGGGAGACCCAGAGGAGCUGGAAGGUCUGAAGGAGUAUCUGGAACGGACCAGCAAGUACCUCACCAAUUCUGAAUUCACAGAGGCAAACACGGGAAAGACCUGCCUGAUGAAAGCCUUGCUGAACCUCAAGGCUGGGGAGAAUGCCACCAUCCUGCCGCUGUUGCAGAUCGACAAAGAGAUGGGCAACCCGUUCCCACUGGUCAACGCCACGUGCCAUGACAAGAAUUACCGAGGGCACAGUGCCCUGCACAUCGCCAUAGAGAAGAGGAGCCUGACUUGGGUGAAAGUCCUGGUGGAGAAUGGAGCGAAUGUCCAUGCGAAGGCUGAUGGGCAGUUCUUCCAAAAGAGCAAAGGGAUUUGCUUCUAUUUUGGUGAGCUCCCUCUCUCACUGGCUGCCUGUACCAAGCAAUGGGAUGUGGUGGAAUUCCUGCUGGAGAACCCACACCAGCCGGCGCGUCUCGAGGAGAGCGACUCCCAAGGCAACACAGUGCUCCACGCCCUGGUUACGAUCGCCGAUAACUCCAAGGAGAACAGCUCGUUGGUGAGCGCCAUGUACGAUGACAUCCUCAGGGCUGGAGCCAGGAUCUGCCCCUCUGUGAAGUUGGAGGACAUUCCAAACAACCAAGGCCUGACGCCCCUGAAACUGGCAGCCAAAGAGGGCAAGAUAGAAAUCUUCAAGCACAUCCUUCAGAGGGAGAUGAGUGGGGAAUACCAGCACCUCUCCCGCAGGUUCACGGAGUGGAGCUAUGGGCCAGUCCAAGCGGCUCUGUACGACCUGUCGUCUGUGGACAGCUGCGAGGACAACUCCGUGCUGGACAUCAUUGUGUUUGGCUGUAGAGCACCGAACCGGCACAGAAUGGUGGUGUUGGAACCACUGAACAAACUGCUGCAGGAGAAAUGGGAGUCCCUCGCUGUCCGGUUUUACUUCAAUUUCGCUUGCUACGUGAUAUACAUGAUGGUCUUCACGGCGGUGGCCUAUCACCAGCCUGUCCUGGGGAAGAGCUUUCUCCCGCUGAAAGCAACGCCUGGGAACUCCAUGCUGCUACUGGGACACAUCCUGAUCCUGUUCGGUGGCUUCUACCUCUUCUUUGGCCAGCUUCGAUACUUCUGGAAGAGACACCGGUUCCUUUGGAUCACGUUUGUCGACAGCUACUUUGAGAUUCUCAUCCUGGUCCAGUCACUCACCACCGUGGGAGCCCAAGUAUUGUGUUUCAUGAAACUUGAGUGGUACCUACCCGUGCUGGUAUUCUCCUUGGUGGUGGGCUGGGUGAACACGCUCUACUACACCCGCGGCUUUGAGCCGACUGGCAUCUACAGCGUGAUGAUACAGAAGGUCAUCCUGAGAGAUCUGCUGCGCUUCCUCCUGGUCUACUUUGUCUUCCUGUUUGGCUUUGCAGUAGCUUUGGUCAGCCUGACGAGGGAAGCCGUGCCGCUCCCACCCCUCAACACAUCCCUCACCCCUCCCGACGGCGGCAGUGACGACGAUGGCAAAACCACCUACAGCAACAUGUUUACCGCCUCCCUGGAGCUCUUCAAGUUCACCAUUGGCAUGGGCGAGCUCGAGUUCCAGGAGCACCUGAGAUUCAAGGGCUUUGUCAUGUUUCUGCUGCUGGUCUACGUGCUCCUCACCUACAUCCUCCUGCUCAACAUGCUCAUUGCGCUGAUGAGCGAGACGGUCAACAGCGUCUCCACCGACAGCAAGAGCAUCUGGAAGUUACAGAGAGCCAUUGCCGUCCUGGAGAUGGAGAUGGGCUACUGGUGGUGCCGGCGGAAGAAGAAGCAGUCGGGCACCUUCCUGACUGUGGGCGUGACUCCGGACCAGAAGAAGGAUGAGCGAUGGUGCUUUAGGGUGGAGGAGGUUAACUGGGCCAUGUGGGAGAGGGAACUGCAAGCCUUGAAAGAGGAUCCUGGGGAUUGCGGUGACCUGAUGAAGAAUCCCACAGGCAAAGCCUGGAAAAGAUUGUUGUCGACGCAGAGGCCCAAAGACUCAGCCCCAGAGGAGGACCAACCCUUGAGACCUUGACCGCCUGCCUGUCUAGUCCAGGGUAGAGAAAGCAACAUGUUCAGAUCUGGUACCUUCCAGUGGUUUGUUUAAUGCAGACGGAAGUUUGUCAGUAUUGACCCAGAUCCCGUAAAAGAGAAAUUUUGCCCACUCUCACCUCCGUGGCCUGGACUUCUUAUUCCAGAGCAGGCUGUUAAAUCUUUUUCUCUGAAGGAAAAUUACUCAUGAUCAGUUCUUCCUGUGAUGUAGUGCAUUGGUGUGUCAAUGCAUCCAAACAUUUCCCAGAGAGCUCUAGUGGGUCCUGGGAAGGUUACAGAAGAAGGAUAAGGCAUGGGCCUUGCCCUCUGGGGCUCACAAUCGAAUGGGAGGGACAAUCACUCCGGUUCCCAAGAAGAAACAAUAGGUGUACAAAAUGCCUUCUGUUGUAUUCUCCCAAACACUUUGGACAAUACUCUGCACAUAAUAAAUGCUUAAUGAA